GUCAAAUCAAUUUACUAUCAAGCUUAAUUAAUUAAUUAUUUUAAUUUAAUCUAACCAAAUUUAAUAAUAGAGUUCACCAACAAAUUAUUAUUAUUAUGUUUUAAGAGUUAUAUUUCAAUUGUUAUAAUUCAAUAUGGGUAGUGAUGCCGGAACUAUUCCCUCAGAAUUGAUAUGCCCCACUCAGGCAUUGAUUGGUUUAUCUGGUCUAGAUGCCAGAAAUAACGCAAUACAUAGAGCUAUUUGGGAUGCUUUUAGUAGUAACCGUCUUUCAGACAGAGCUCCAAUACAGUAUAAGCUACUUCCCAAUGAUUAUGAGUUUCCUAUUUGUAAACCUAAGAGAACAUCCUAUGAGUGGUAUCUACCCAAAGGCAUCUUGAAACGUAAUUGGCUGCCUAAACAUCUUAAUGCCUUACCUGCGUUGGUCAUAGUAUUUUUUGAAUUAGACUGGAAUGAUCCACAAUGGUCUGAGCGGAAACUAGAAUGUGCCGCAGCUUUGCAGAGUAUGCGUGCUGCUUUGCAGGGGCGAAAUACACGUUUAGGUUUAGCUCUAAUUCAAACUACCACACCAAUCCCUACCUCAGAUGACACACAGACAUCUGAGAAAGCUAAUGCACUGUGUGCUACUUGUGAUAUCACAAAUAAGAUGCUUUUCAUCUUACCUGUGAACGAUCACUUAACAGGGUAUGCUCAGCGUCUUGAUUCCGCAUUUUUGGAAUUAUGCCAUGGUUAUUAUCAGCAAAUGGCUAGAGUAAUUCGAUCUCAUAAGGACCAGUUAACAACAGCACAUCAGGGUUUGAAAACCAGACAUCAGUUUAAAUUGGGUGUUCUGUCAGAAUUGCGACAAGAUCCGAAUAUUGCACAUAAGCAUUAUACACAAGCAUACUUAGCACUUGAUGAAAUACGAAUAAUAGACAAUAAUUGUUUAGAAAUUAAAACUGUGGCUGGAUACAUAAAUUAUAAAUUAUGUCGUACUAUGUUUCAACUUAAUUUACCUAGAGAUGCUAUUAGUCAAUUUAAAUCACACAUUGAGAGAUACAAAACACGCAUUGGUUGCAGGGAAUUGGAGUUUGAGCAUUAUUCUUGGUUGAGCGCACAAUAUUUUGCAUUUGCUGAACUGUUUAAUGAAGCUGUAGAUAAAGGUUUACCAGCAAUACAAACACAACAUCCAGGAUAUUAUUAUCAAGACGCUGCACGACAUAGUAUUUUGAGAAGAAAAUCAAUUGCAAUAUUAGCUCCCAACAUAUCAAAAGAGUUGCAGAGUCCAUCAGCAUUGGCACUUUCUGAAUUUUAUGGAGUUCGAGUUUCAUCGGGCCCCGGGGAGCCAUCAACUGAACAGAAAAUUAUUGCCAGCAUUCAGCACCAAGAAACUAUGGUUGAUCACUCUACUAUUAUAAUAAAUCUACUGGGGUUGGCUAGUUCUCAAUUCAAAAACUAUCGUUGUUUGAGAAUGCGUAGAAGAAUAUUUGUUCAAAUGGCAGAACAGUAUCUUAUGUGCAAUGAAGUUGGAAAAGCUUUGACACUUUUUAUGCACAUGCUGUCUGAUUAUCGAGCUGAAGGUGUACUGGAUUUGUGGAGAUAUGUACACAAAAGAGCUCUUUAUGCAUCCUGCAUGACUGUCUCAAUUCAGGAUUAUGUACACUUGGCUAUUGAAGCUUUGUCUACUAAAUUCAAUAAGGAAAUAUCUGAACAGACUCGAAUUGCGGAAAACUUAGAACUUAUUUUACAGGAAAUGCCUCCAAAGUCUGAGCCAACAUUACAACUAGAGCAUGCACCAAAACCUUUGCCGUUGAUGUACACGAAAACAGUUGAGUUAUGGCUCCAAUCGCUAACUGUUCCACAAAAAAUUUCUAUUGAUUUAGCUACUAUUGCACCAUGCAUUGAAGUACACAGUACAUUUUCCAGCAGAGAAAUAUCAAUUACUGACAAUAUAAUUAUACAUUUAAGAAUAAAAUCGCUGACUAUGGUGCUAUUAAAAUUUUCAAAAAUUAGCAUUUUAUUGAAUUCAAAAGAUGGAACAAGUAUUGAAAUUGAUGUAUGUGAAGAAUGCCAUAACGAAGAUGGGUACGUUAUUGAUGCUGAUAAGUCACUGGUAUUAAUUUUUAAAACUCCAAGCAAAGGAUUUAAGGAAGGCACUGAAAUUCAGAUAAGCAAAGUAGUACUGCAAAUGGGAACAAAAAAUAUUAUACUUGAACUAUCUUCUCCUCUACUAGAUAUUUCUAAUGUAAAUUUUUUGCAAAAUUCUUCCAAUAUACAAAAGCUUCUUUGUGAUCUAAAUGUAGGCGAAGUUAUAACCACAGCGUUUAUAAUUCCUAGACCAAGUAAUUUAGUCUGCGAAGCAUUGCAUGAUACACCAGCAUUGAAAGGAGAAUGGCACAAAAUAACUUUGAGCAUGCAUAAUAAAGAACAGAGUGAAAUAAAUGAAAUUAUAAUAAAUCUAAUUGUUCAAGACCAGCUCAAUAAUGUGUGUUUGUGCAUAAAUCCUUCAAAUAAUUCUGCACAUAACAGUAGCUCAUUAUCAAUCAAUGUGAAUGAAUUACAAACAAAUGCAAAGCACAGUGAAACAUUCUUUAUGAAGUGUGACCAAAUACAUAAUAUAAAGAUCAAUGCUAAAAUUGCUUAUAAAAUUAAAAAUGAUUAUUCUGGGCACAGUAGUUCAAUCAAAGAACAGAGUAUUGUUGUAUCAGUGGUUGAGCCUUUCAGUAUGACAUCGCAAUAUCUAUCAUCUUGUUUCAAAGAAAUAAACUAUUGUUAUGAAGAGAGUAAAUUUAUUGUUUUAACAUGUUUAAAUGUGAAAAGCCCAUGGCCAUUGCUGAUCGAAAAUACAUACAUUGAACCAAUGAAACCUAUAAGUAUUCAAGAAAAUGGUCCUGAAAGCCAGAUGAAAGGUCUAAAUAUAAAAGCAAAUGAACAAGCUACAGAAGUUUUUGGGGUCGAAACUUUAGAAAAUAUUUCAAAUGCAUCUGAUCGUAAUUCAAAGAAUACUGAUAUACCAUCAGUUGGAAUUUAUAACAUUUUCUGGAGGCGUGAAGAUGCUGAACAUGUGAAUAAGUGCUCAAUAGCAUUGCCAGGGAUUAUUAUGAAAACGUGUUCAGUAAGAGUUGAAGUAGUAUUACCAGCUCAAGGCGUGGUGAGAACUAUUCUGCCUUUGCAAUAUAUAUUGCAGAGCAAAUGUGAAAUACUUGUGAAUAUGCAGGCAACUCUUGAUUCUAGUGAAUCAUUUAUGUUCAGCGGUUAUAAAGAGAUGCAGUUGGCAUUAGCACCAUUUGAAAAAAUUGUAUUAAAUUUCAAUCUCUUCCCAUUAGUAUGUGGUUAUGUUACUUUACCUAAACUUAUAUUAGUUCCAGAAAACUCAGAGGUGGCUGUUACAUGUCAUGAUAUUCCUACACAUAUAUAUAUUUUGCCUCAAGAAAAAGUAUUUAUACCUGCUACAGAAGAAAUUGAGAACAAAACUAGAGAAUUAAAAAUUAUUUAA